AUGACCUGCAAUCCAAAUUGGCCUGAAAUCACUGGAUCAAUUUUACCAAAUGAGAAAUGGUUCGAUCGUCCAGACAUUACUGUUCGUGUUUUCAACGGAAAAGUGGAAGAAAUGAAAAAUUUACUAUUGAAAAAUAAAAUAUUUGGUCAAGUAACAUCUUUGAUUUGUGUAAUAGAGUUUCAAAAACGUGGUUUGCCACAUUUACACUUACUACUCAAUGUUUCAAAUCACUGUAAGCCAAGAGAAAUUGAACAAAUUGAUUCUGUUGUUUGCGCUGAAAUUCCUGACCCAGUAGCAGAUCCUGAGCUAUUCAACUUGGUAACUUCUCAUAUGAUCCAUGGUCCGUGUGGUAUUGUAGAUAACUCUUCUCAAUGUUUGGACGAUGAAGGUAACUGUACAAAAAAAUUUCCAAAACCAUACCAGGAGCAAACUCAGAUCAGUGAAAGGGGUUAUCCUCUCUAUCGACGCCAGAACACCAAUCAAAGAUACCCACACAGGACGGGUGGGGUCACUGUCGAUGUAGAUAACAGCUGGGUUGUUCCAUAUAAUAAAUUUCUUAUCAAGUAUUUCAAGUGCCAUAUAAAUGUGGAAAUUUGUUGUACCAUCAAAGCGAUGAAAUAUUUAUACAAAUAUGUUUACAAAGGUUAUGAUCAAUCAAACAUACGAGUAAUAAGUGAGGAUGAAAAUGGGGUUAUUGAUGAAAUUGAUACGUUUCUCAAAUCAAGAUACGUUGGCCCGACUGAAGCUGCUCAUCGUCUAUUUGCUCUUCCAAUGUACUUCAAUACACAUACAGUAGUAUCCUUACCAGUGCAUCUCCCAAAUCAACACUUCAUAACUUUUCAGGACACAAAUGAAUUAAACGCAGCAGCAGCAGCAGCAACCAGACACACCAAACUAACAGCUUGGUUUGAAUUGAACAAUCUUUAUGAUGAUGUUCCUAUUUAUCCUCAAGUGCCGACUCAAUUUGUUUGGUUUGAUAAUAAGUGGAAUAAAAGAGUUUACAGUGUGAGUGACGUUAUUGGAAGACUACACAUUGUCCCACCAAAUCAAUCUGAACGAUUUGCACUUCGCUUACUUUUAUUGAAUGUAGCUGGAGCUAAAAGCUUCAUUGAUUUACGAACACACAACAAUGAAAUUCAUGGAUCAUUUCAGUCUGCAGCCAGAUCACGUGGAUUAAUCGAAGAUGAUAGUGAGUGGGUAAAUUGUCUCCAGGAGUUGGUAACUGUUUGUUUUCCAAAACAACUGAGAGAAACUUUUUCUUACAUUUUGUUAUUCAGCAAUCCUGCAAAUGCUAAAGAACUUUUCGAACAAUUCAAAUCACACUUUUGUGAAGAUUUUCUUAGAGAAUUCAAUCAACAAGUUUCUGAAAAACUUGCCUUGGAUCAUAUUCAGAGCAUUCUCGAUGUUCAUCAAAAGUCUUUACAUGAAUUUGGAAUAGAACAUCACAAUAAUAAUGCCUCGGAUAUACAUGUUCCUAUGAGCUCAAGUCGAAGGCAAUCUUACUUGAAUGAGUCAAUUAAUUUUUACAAUAGUGCCAACAAUGAACAAAAAUUUUGUAUUGAUACCAUUCUCAAAACUAUCGAAAACACCAACCCCGAUACAUGGUCUAAGGCUUAUUUCAUCGAUGGUCCAGGUGGGACUGGUAAAACAUCAAUAUAUAAUUAUUUGAUAAAACAUUUAACCGCCAAUAACAAAACUGUCGUUGCUGUAGCUUGGACAGGUACUGCUGCGACAUUAUUGGUGAAUGGUAGGACUUCACAUUCCAGGUUUGGCCUACCACUAAACCUAAAUGAAACCUCCGUAUCUUCUAUCUCAGCUCAAAGUCAUAAGGCUGAAAUUUUGAGAUCAGCUGAACUUAUUCUCUGGGAUGAAGCUUCAAUGAUACCUAAUACAGCGCUCAAGAUAGUUAAUGAUCUAUUCAAAGAUAUUAUGUCAUCUGAAAAACCGUUUGGGGGUAAAACGAUUGUUUUAGGUGGUGAUUUUCGACAAAUAUUGCCAGUUUGUCCUCAUGGGGGCAAAAUUCCGACCCUGAAUCUAUCACUCAAGAAAUCUACACUUUGGCAAUAUUUUCAUAUUUUACGGUUAACGUUAAACAUGCGAGUGGAUGAUAAUGACAAUGCCUAUAGAUCUUUUCUAUUGGAAAUUGGAAAUGGAAGUUAUAACAACAUUUUACCACCCUAUGUUAUCUCAUUACCUUCAGAUAUCAUGAUUCCCGCCGAUGAUAAUCUUAUUGAUUAUAUAUAUGGAAACAAUCCUGAUAUUUUCACAAGAGAUCCAUUAUUUCUAACAGAUAGAGCUAUUCUCUGUCCAAAAAAUAUACAUUGUGAUGAAAUUAAUGAAAAAAUUGUUAAUAUGAUAAGUGGAGAAGAACAAACUUAUACAAGUUUGAAUACAGUUGUUGAUGAUGGUAGUGGGUCGAAUAUUAACUAUCCAACAGAAUAUCUUGACACUUUAGAAAUAUCAGGUUUACCUCCACAUAAAAUCAAGUUGAAAAAGGGUGUGGUUGUCAUUUUGUUGAGAAAUUUGAAUCUGAAUGCAGGUUUGACUAACGGAACUAGGUUAAGUGUAAAUGAAAUGUAUGCAAAUUCAGUUAAAUUUACAAUAAUUACUGGACAAGCAGCUGGCAAAGAAGUUUACUUACCAAAGAUGAAUUUGUUAUCAAAUGACCAAUCGCUUCCAUUUACCUUUAAGCGUAAACAACUUCCAAUUAAAGUAGCUUUUGCAAUCACCAUAAAUAAAGCUCAAGGACAAACACUGAAUAAAGUUGGUAUUUACUUACCUGAGCCUGUUUUCUCACAUGGUCAACUAUAUGUUGCUCUUUCUAGAGCUAAAAACUCACACAGUGUUAAAGUUCAACUCCCUUCUUCACGAGUAAACACAAUAGCUCGAAACUUAACUAACAAUGUUGUUUAUAAAGAAGUUUUAUCAUAA